AUGUCAACAAAAAAACAUGUUUGCUUCUGUCAUCAGUUGACUGAGUCAAGAGCAAAGAUCCAGGAGGUAUCUAGCGAGGGAAUCCUCUAUCAAGACAAGAACAAAAAGCUGCGGGACCACAUUGAACUCGUGAAGACGGAAAGGCGCCAAGCUGAAGAACUAAGAGUUGAACUGGACAAGGAAAUUGAGAACCAGCGACAUCUGAUAAAGCUGGCGGAGCAGGAAAACUGGCGUACGGGUAGUGACAAUCGAAAGUUGCUGCAGCAGAAGAAGAAAAUAGUCGACCGACUGGGAUCUCUGGAGGAUGAGAUAUUUCUGAAGUCAAAUCAACUGACGUCCAUAAAAGCAGAAUUGGACUGUGAUCAAAAGCUGGUCGAGCGAUACCUAGAAGACUGCGAGAACGACAUUUCCCUGAGGAAGCGUAUCAAGUCCACAGUCAAUUCGGACUCGACCCACCUGCAGUACCUUUGCAGUGAAGAGGUUCGCCUGAGCACCAUACGGAUGGAUCUUCAGAAGAAAUUGGACACGGCCGUUUCAAAAAAUGAAGUUAUCAGCCUUCGCAUCGACAACGCCUGUGAACUCAGUCGAAUUGAGAACCGCGGACGGCGCGAAAUGCUACAACUGUGGGAGAACACCGUCGCCCAAAUGGCUGCUCGAGACGAGGACUACGCUGAGUUAGGCAAGCAAUACGAUGGCAAGCUUAGUGAACUCCAGAGCGCUCGUGCAAAACUGCAAGAUCUCGAAAAACUGCUUGCCAGCAUUGUACAGGACAUUGCGGAUGCAAAAAAGAAAAGGCAUCAACUGGACAAACAAGCUGGUGAACUCCAUGACCAGAUCCAGAAAGAAACUGAAGAGUUAACGACCACAGAAAAUGACCUUCUCACCCUGAAAAAAACGGUGGAAAAGACUUCCAAGGACCUGCAAGUGGCAAAGGCCGAAAACCGCCAGAUAAAGGAAGAUCUCAACCGCAUGAAAGCUCAGUAA